AAACGGUAGAGCUAAUACACCUGGGCUUAUUUUCCAAGCAGAGCGCCUCCCUCCACCCUGCAUCUCCCGCCGCACUGCCUUCCACAGUCAUCUAAUCUCUCCCUCUAAUUUCAGCCAAUCUCUGGCUCGAGGUCCAAAACAAGUUCACAUCCCUGACAAGCCACCCGUCCCACCAAAUCAACAGCCUACUGUCGAUGUUUUUGCCGCUAUGAUCGAGCCGAAGCUUGCCAAUGUUCUUGUAAGGCGUUUAAAUCAGAUUGCACCUCUGGAAGAUCUCCGGCAUGUGAAGAGGAUACAAAAGAAAAAUCUUGAAGGAGGAAAAAUUCAGUUAACAGUGAUCUUAUAUCUUGCUUGUGAAAAUGAGAAUCAGUUGAUCAAAGUGCCACAGGAUGUACAAGAGCUAAUUGAUUCGUACAAGUUGUCUCCUUUUAUCACGAAAGUCUGCAAGUAUGCUGCAUCCUCAAAAGAAGAGUGGGAAGAACAAUGCAAGCUCUGGCCAACAUCAUAUCAUCCACCGACCUUCAAUAUUGACGGCAUUACUGGAUUUAGUAACGAGGAGUCACAAUCAAUUUACAGCUUCAUGAGAUUUGCUAUUGAGUUGGCGAGUUCUGGUUCUGUUGUGGUAGUGAAUGCUGCAGUUAUAGUGGAUCCUUCAGUAAAGCAGAUAAUUGCUAGUGCAACUGAUCAGAUCUACUCUUGGCAUGCUCCUGAUAAAACCACAGGCAAAGUGCUGCUGCUAGGGAAGCUUAAAGAUGGCUUAUAUUGCUUGGGCUCCUCGAAACGGACUUCACUUUAUCAUCCUCCCUGUUAA